AUGUUAAUAUAUGACAAAAUCGGUGACGAAUGUAUGAAAUCUGUUUCAGUCAAUGACACGAAUCCACUUAAUGAGCAGUUGGCCAAUUGGUCCCGUGUCGUUGAGAAAAUCAAUAACGAGGUGAAGGGCAUUUCCAGUGACGUCAGGGAAUUAGAUUCGUCGUUAAAGCAAAAAAUAAGUAAUGAGAUGAAGCUAAUUAUCAGCGGUGUUGUUUCGCUGGAGACGUCUCUAAAGGACAGGCCGUUUGUGAAGCAGGUGAAUGAAGUUGAUAGGCAGUUGAAGGAGCAGAAACAAUAUGUAGAAAAGACAAUCAAUGAGGGGAGUGAGAAGGUUCAAGAGAGCCUGAAACUGGAAAAAACCAAAAUAACCCAAUACAUUGAUAUGAAGGGUGUUGAAUUACAACGGAAUUUUCACUCUCAAUUUUGGAAGAUAUGCGACAAAUUGGGGGGGUUACGAGAUGAGAGGAAGACAAACUUUUCUGCAUUAAAAUCAAAUAUAAAUGACGCUCAAAAGUUAAUAGAGUCAUAUAUUGCGCACUUCGACGAUAGAUAUAGGCAUGCGAUAUCGAGGAAAUUUGAAAACAUAAAAUCGCAAGUGCAGUAUGUUGAUUCUGAUAAUACGAUAUUUGCCUAUGAGAAACGUUCGCUUAUACAACAGGAAGUUACGGAACUCAAGUCUGCGAUAGAUGCAAUAGGUUCGGAGUUGCAGAGACAUGUUUUGAGCCUUGGGGAUAAAAUUAGACAGGCAGAAUCGUUGCGCGCAACGGCAUUUGAUAAUAUUAGUGAGGUGUAUAAUAAACUAGACACUUAUAAUCACGAAAAGAAUAAGAGGGAGAAAACAAGGCUUGGUCAAGAAAUUGAUAAAAUCAGCAGUUCCAACACCUUAAUCAAGAAUGGUCCAGAUAGCGCACAAAAAGAGGUAGAAAAGUUAGUUACUGCAGUUACUGAGCAGGUUGGUCAGUUGGAUGUGCAGAUUCAAAAGGAUCUUGACGAAUUAAAACGAGGCAUGAAUAUUGACAUUUUGGCCUACGUCUCGGGGUUGGUGAGAAAUAUGAUGGAGGCUGCCAAGGAGGCAAGUCCUGGGUCAGUGGGCAGUGGCGGUAAUGGUAUUAAGAAACUUUUAGAAAAGAUUGGAACCGAUUCAACAUUUCAGAAGUUAAAAGCAUGGAUACUAACUCUAGGUGAUGAAGAGAAGAAAAACUUAGAAUCCGGCCUUUAUGCUUUAAAUGCUUACAGUAAGACGUCAACCAAUGUAUAUUACGAUACGCAAAAUAUCACGAAAGCUCUAUAUGAAGAUAUUAAGGAGUCAGUUGGAAGCGCAUUUAUGGGUGCGGAUUCAGAUUCUUAG